CUUCCACUUCGAACCCGCUCGGCGGGAACUCUACGCAUUCCUUUGCGCCCCACGAAUACCAGAAGCGACUGCAACACAUUAAAGCGGAGCGCCCCAAGAUCCGCGAGAAGUUCGUCCGCGAUGGCCUCAUGAACCCCGAAGGCCAGAUGCGCCUGGUCGAUUCUGUUAAGCUGUACGGUCUUUGCCAGGAAAUGUGCCCGGAAUACGAGCGCGUGCGUCGCAUAGUCGAAUUGGACGUCAAGGCCCCCGAGUGCACACCCGAGACCCAACACCUACCUUCCCGUAGUCAGCGCAUCGCAGACGAGUCGCGCAUGGUCAAGGCAUACGCGCGUUCAGCGGCAGGCAUGGACGUGGAGCUGGUCUCAGAGAUCCGGUCGCCAGCCACCUGCUUGAAAACCCUCAGGUACCUGUACGGGCGCCUAGACGAAGACGAUUUCCAGUUCCUCCACUCAUGGCUUUGGGACCGCACACGAGCCGUCCGAAAGGACCUCCGCACACAACGUAUCGAGAACAGGGCCGACAUCGCCGUACUACUCACCUCGCUCGAGUACAGCGCCCGAUUCUACAUGCUGUCGGCCCACCACAUGGCGCGGAGUACGAAGGACGAUUACUCGCAUCAACAAGACGUCGAGCAGCUGAAUCAGACUCUGAUCUCACUCAAGGAGCGAUAUGCCGACAAUCGACGCGCCAACAUCAUAUCAGAAUGCGAGGCCGAGUUCUGGGCAUACCGCCUUAUUCUGGCCCCUAUCUACGCCAACACCCAGCUCGAGAACGAACUUCAUCGUCUGCCUAGCGAUCUACGAAACAACCCACGAGUCCAGACCGCUCUCGAGAUCUUCCGUCUCCUCAAGUCCAUCAUCAUUCACAGAAACUACGACAACUGGAUACAAUGCCAGUCGAAUUGGAAGCGGUUUUGGGAGUUGAUCAAGUCGCCGCGAGUGUCAUAUCUUAUGGCAUGUGCGGCCGCUAUAUCCUUCAAUAGAGUCCGUCAUGUUGCGCUUGACGUAGUCUGGCGUUGCUACCGAGUCGGUCUAUACAGGCAUCAGGUUCCCGUCGAGUUCUGGACAACCGACAGGUUGAGAGAAGUACUCGGUAUGGACACUGAAGACGAAGCUGUGGAGUUUUGUGAGGCGCACGGUUUUGUUUUUGAGUUCAACGAAGCAGGACAGCGCUUCAUGGACAUCAAACAGAAGCACUACGACAGGAAAGCCAAUGUCCUCGCCAAGGCAGACAUCAAGCCUCAGUUCUUCUCCGCAACUAUCGUCGAAGCCAAGCGAUGUGGUCGUCCCUUGUCGACUGUCAUCGCAGGCAUGACUGUGCAAGAGGCUAAGAAGGGUGGUCUGUCUGCUGCGCAAGCUCAACAGAUGGAAGAUCAGACCUCGUUGUUCGUUCCAGAGACCGCCAGUGUCUUCAGACAGCAACCUACCGAGGCAACACCAUCUGCUGGUGGCUUUAGCUUCAACGCAACCUCAUCUCCGUUUCAGUCGAACGGCACUUCUGCGACAACACCAAACCCAUUCGCGAGAGCCGUCCAGCCUGGCCUUUUCGAUCCUUCGAAGAACAGCAUUCAGUUUGGGCAGCCGGCAGAUGCGAAUGCCAAUCCAUUUCUGCGCAAGGACACCAACUCAUUCCAGUCGACACCACCUGCACCGUCGUCAAAUCCUUUCCUGAAAAACAACACUACGCAGCCAGAAUCUACGACACCACAGACUGCCGCAAACCCGUUCUUGAAGUUCAACAAUGGUGCAAAGUCGGACCCAACAGCUGCACCGACUCCCGCAAAUCCGUUCCUGAAGAACGACACUGCGCAGCCUCAGUCUACAACACCACAGGCUCCAACAAACCUCUUUACACCAGGAACGUUCGCGCAGCCCCAGCCGAAACCUCAAACUCAACUACAGUCACCAUUCCAGAGUUUCGAAGCACCCGCGGCUACGACUACACCCAAGCCCGCUCCCGCCUUCAACUUCACUGGAUCCUCGUUCAAUGCUACACCCUCGCAAGAAACUCCACAACAAUCCUUCACCCCAUCAGGAACACCACCUCCGACGGACACUUCUUCACAAGAAUCUGAAGCACAGCAGGCAGAGCAAGUGAAGAAGGAGGCGGCUGAGAAGCAACGAAAACUGGACGAAGCACGCCAACGUGUACAGGAAGCCCAACGAGCAAAGCAAGCGAAAGAAGCAGAGCAGAAGCGUGAGGCCGAGGCUGCGGAAGCUGCGGCUGCGCGACAGCGGCAAGAACAGGCUGAUCGAGAGCGAAAAGCACGCGAGCAGCAAGAAGAGUUGGCUCGACAGGCGAGACUACGUCAAGUACAAGAGGAGGAGGCGCGGCAAGCACGGAUUCGAGAGAAGGACUCGGCAUUGCACGCGCUCACGGCGGAUGUGAUGUUCGACGCCCAAGAGGGAUUGCUGAUGCAGUUCGUCGAAAACGCUGUUGUGAAUUUAGCGAAGGAAGCUGCAAACACUGUAGAAAUGGAGAGGAGAGUGGCGAUGGUAGAUCAGAAGCACAAGAAAUAUCUGGAUGAGUUGAAGCGGGCAGGCUUGGCAAAGAUGAUGUUGGCGGUGCAAAAGAAGAAGAAACUACAGAAGGCACGAGAGAGGAGGAAGCGACUGAAGGAGCAGCGGGCAAAGGCGGAUGCCGGACCAGACGAAGAACCGGCAGCCGCGCCUGCACCGGUACAGCAGGCGAUAUCGAACGGUAAGACGACAACAGUAGCAGAACCAGAGGGGCGAUCGGUAUCUCAGCAACCUUCGAAUUCUCGGCGCGCCAAGCGAACGCAACAGCGACACCAGGCUCAGACCACGGAGACGAAUGGUGUGAACUCAGCCAAAUCAGUGCCGGUCAACAACCCAUCUCCUGAGUCUACCUUUGAAAAGAGCACAAGCAACGCCAGCACAUCAAUCACCGCAUACUCCCAGGCAUAUCAGCAAGCCGUUGCGAAUGCACCAGUAGACCGGACCGAGACGGAUUGGUUCAGGUUGCGCGCUAUGGGCAUCGAUCCGAGCAAGCACCGGAAGCGCAGCUUCGACUUUGGUUCGUCAGACGAAGAGAAGCCCAAGCUCAUUGAGCCCAAGCGACCCAAGUUGUCACCAGCGUCGCCUACACUGGAGCAGCAUGAGCAACCUGUACCGAGGACUAUGCUCGAAGAACAGCGCGCUCGUGCUGAGGCCAUCAAGGAGUCCCGCAGGCGGUCAACAUCCACGACAUCACCGUCUCAAUCCUUCAACGGCGCAAUGUCGUUUAGUGGACGGUCUUCAUUCAACGAUUCAACAAACGAUCUCAUCGCAAGGGCUCGACGGACGCUGGCAGAUUCAAGAGCUGAAAUGCCACCGCCUUCGUUCACCCCUGGCAGGUCAUUCUAUCGAUCAGGAUCCUUUGACGGAAAUGCCAGCCAGCUCAUCGCACGAGCUAGGGGGCUUGCCUCCCCCGCCGCCACCACAUCAAAUGUGCAACACGACUGGAGUCGCAGCGUACCCAACCUUGGACUCUCCGUAUCUCAGAGCCGACAGUCCACGCACGGCGCAUCCACGUACGGUAGCACCCUACGUGCGAGCACAUCCACCAAGAAUCGUCCGGCAUACUGGGAACGCACGAGCCGCUUCGUACCACGCCAUCUUUACGGCCAAGGCGCAGAAGCUGUUCGCGCUUAUAGGAUCGAACAGGGCCUCAGCAAGUCACCUGCCAGCACCCGACCCGCCAGCACAGAGCCUCUGGAUAUCUCAUCACCGAUACCCACGCAGCUUUCUUUCGUCCAGCAAACUUCUUCCCAGCCAGUGAGCUACACGAAAGAGCACUUCACUAGUGAUCCUGCAUCACUCAACGGCGCACACAUCAUCGACAACUAUAUUCAGGACGAGACUGCUAUUAUAACCGAUAACGAGGAGGACGCCCAGUCUUACAGCCACUUCGGCACUACAUCAUCUUACCCCAGCGCUCAGUUUAAUCCUUCCCAGGCUGUACCCUACCAGCAACAAUCCCACCAGCAACAGCAGGAGCAAGGAGAAGAGUACUACGACCGAGACCAAGACGCCGACUCGGAGAUGCACGACGGCGACGAUGAAGAACUGCUCGAUUACGACGAAGACUCCGAUCUCAACGAAGAAGAAGAGAUCGAAGAAGAUGAGGACGCAGAGUCUUUCGAUGAAGACGAUGAGGACGAAGAUGAAGACGAGGAAGAUGGUAGUGAGAAUGGCAGUGACGAAGGCGGCGGUGCAGCAGACCCCUGUGCAAACGGCAGACCAGGUGCGACGGAAGACGAUGCUAUUGAACUCUCGGAUUAGUCGUCUGAUUCUUCCGUACCUGUGCCCUGGCCUUCCCUUCACUGUUGAACUACGCGUCACGCGCCACACCAUGGACAAAAGGAACGAAGUCAGAGAUUGAGAGGAGGGGUGUAUUGUAUAAAGAUUACGUAUGCAUAGCGAGGGCGUUUUUUUGGGGGUUUUCUCUGCUUCAAACACGAAAGUACUGCAUAGCAUGGUAUGGGAAUGGAUUAAGUUGGAUUGGACUGGGUAUGGAUUCAUGAUACCCAAUGGGCGUAUGGUAUGGUUGGUGGAAAAUAAGGAAAUGCAGAAAGUUGGAAAGCACCGUAUGGUGAGAGAUGUAUAAAACAUGUGUUAUAAUGUGCUUGAUUGUGCUGUGCUUUGUGGCUUUGGUU